AUUGUGAAUUAAAUUGAGAAAAACAGUAAUAACUUAAAGAAGAAAGAAAGGAUGAGCGAAAGUUCUGCACAAGUAUUACAAGUUUUUCUCUCUCUGGUCUCAGAAGGGACAUCAGCACUUAUCUUGAGUAAAGAUCUACUGCUUCUGCUUCGUUUUCUUCUUUAUUCUGCAGUAUGUGGUAAUUAGCCAACAACCAGUUUCCUCUUACAAGCAGAAUGUGAAGUAGUCCGGUGUGGUCAGAGACGAGUUAAAUACUUGUAGAAACAGUCAGCGAUUAGUCCUCAGCUGCUCUCUCAGGGAAGGACACGCUGACUGCUGAGCAGCCAUGGUGCUGUCUCACCUUCGUCUUCUCAUCCUCCUCAUCACUUUGUUGCCCCGCGCCUCGCUGUCGGAGAACCUCAGCCGCCCUGAUGCGGCUGCUGCGGGUCCGGACCUGCGGGACCGGCCCUUCGUCGUCGUGUGGAACAUGCCCACAGCUAACUGUCAGAAGCGCCACAACGUCCACCUGGACCUGCAGGAAUUUGGGAUCGUGGAGAAUCAAAAGCAGCGUUUCCAGGGACAGAAUGUGACCAUCUUCUAUCGGGACCGCCUGGGGAACUACCCCUACAUCUCCCACGACGGCAGGGAGGUGAACGGAGGAAUCCCGCAGCUUGGCGACCUGGCCUCCCACCUCUCCCUCGUAGACGUGCAGCUGGACAUCCUGCUGCGCCCCAGCUUCUCCGGAGUCGGAGUCAUCGACUGGGAAGAGUGGCUGCCGCUGUGGGAGAACAACUUCGGAUCCAAGAUGGAGUACCGCAGGUUGUCCAAGCAGCUGGUGAGACAGGAGAGACUGGAUUUGUCCGAGAAGGACGUGAAGCUGUUGGCUCAGCAGGAGUUUGAGGAGAGCGCUCGGAUGUUUAUGGAGGAGACGCUGAGGCUGGCGGUCAGGCCGCCCAGAGGAUUCUGGGGCUUUUAUGGUUUCCCCUCCUGCUUUAAUAAGCACAAGAGAAAGAGAGAUAAAACCUACACAGGACAUUGCCACACGGGGACUAAGCAGAAGAAUGACCGGCUGUCCUGGCUGUGGGCUCAGUCCACAGCUCUCUAUCCCAGCAUCUAUCUGCCGCAGCGGCUGGCAGGGUCCACAGAUGCUGCUCUGAUGAUCCGACACAGACUGCUGGAGGCUUUGAGAGUGGCGUCAAUGUGGCGUCAUGGCAACAGUAAUAACCAGGCCACACCCGUCCUUCCGUACGCUCGACUGGCGUUCACACAUACUCUCGACUUUCUCAAUGAGACGGACUUGGAGCACACGCUUGGGGAGAGCGCGUCGCUCGGCGCAGCUGGAGUCGUGCUGUGGGGAGAGAUGAAGUUCGCCAAAUCAAAACAACAGUGCAUCCUCCUCAGAGGCUACAUCCACACCGUCCUGGGCCCCUUCAUUCAGACCCUGAGGGCCGACGCGUUACGAUGCAGCCUCCAGCUCUGCUUCGGUCAUGGCCGCUGCGCUAGGCGACGCCCCAACUCUGGUCGCAGUCUAUCAUCUGCUCCCGUCUCUGUCUCUCACAAUGAUACGGACUCUGCCAGCAGCAAAUACUUUCAGCGGCAUUUCAGGUGUCAGUGCUACUCAGGCUGGACUGGAACCUGGUGCCGGAGGAAGAUGGUUGGGAGUGGGCAGGACAAGAGUUGAUGAGUGUCCUUCAGUCAGGAAGUUGCAUAGCAGGGUUUUGAACAAUAAAAAACAGCUAUAGAUAACUUUA